CUGGUGUUGUGGCUGGAUUUCUAUGGUACUGUUGAGGACAAUAAACAGUGAAGUGAAGCGAAUGAAAGGAGAAGUGUGUUGGAGCAAGGAUGCAUGUCUGGUUGAGGGCCGUUUUGCUUCUGGCGGCUGUGAUCCUCUGCUGCUCUUCAUCGGCCACAAACAGGUUGUGGGACGACUGGAGAACUCAACAUGGCAAAGCCUAUGACAAUCAGACUGAGCUGAGCUUCAGGAGAACCGUGUGGGAGAAAAACCUGCUGUUGUUGCUCAGACACAACCAGGAGGCUUCAGCAGGAAAACACAGCUUCACUCUGGGACUGAAUCACCUCGCUGACAUGACAGCGGAGGAGAUUAAUGAAAGGCUGAACGGUUUGAAGGUGGAGGAGCCUCUCGAUCUCAGGAAUGACACGCUCAGAGACGCAAAUGACUCGUCGCCUCCCACAAGUGUCGACUGGAGGACAAGCGGACUGGUCGGUCCCGUCAGAAACCAGGGCUUGUGUGGCUCAUGCUGGGCCUUCAGUGCUCUGGGAGCUCUAGAGGGGCAGAUGAAGAAGCGAACGGGCGUCCUCGUGAUGCUGAGUCCACAGAACCUGGUGGACUGCAGCGCUAAGGAGGGAAACCUCGGCUGCAGGGGAGGGUACAUCACCAAGGCUUUCAGCUACAUCAUUCACAAUGGAGGCGUCGACUCAGAGAGCUCGUACCCUUACGAACAUCAGAAUGGAAAAUGCCGCUACUCGCUCCAAGGCAAGGCGGCUCACUGCUCCAACUUUCACGUCCUUCCCCGGGGGGACGAGUUGUCUCUGCAGGCUGCAGUGGCAGCAGUGGGACCAGUUGCCGUGGCUGUGAACGCCAUGCUGCCGUCUUUCCAUAUGUACAAAGGAGGUUUAUACAACGCGCCUGACUGUAACCCAAAGCUAAUCAAUCACGCUGUGUUGGUUGUGGGCUACGGCACAGACAGAGGACAGGACUACUGGCUGGUGAAAAACAGCUGGGGAACGGCUUGGGGAGAAGGAGGAUUUAUCCGGAUUGCCAGGAACGAGAAAAAUCUCUGCGGCAUUGCGACGUUAGCAGUCUACCCAACGCUGUGAAGUCAACUGAGAUUUAUUCUGUUUUAAUUUUAUAUUGAUGUUUUUUUUUUUAAAGAAGUGCACUGUGCUGUCAGAGCACUACAGAAUCUACUAACAACACUGUUGGUUAAAAAGGUUCUGAACUAUAAUAUAGUUUUUAAGGAUUCUGUUCUGCUCAGUGCUGCAGGUGGGAGCAUUGGGUUCAAAUCCUGCACUGGGGUCUUUCUCUUGGUGGUUUGCAUGUUUUUCCUCCACAUGUGUCGAUUUUCUUUACGUAUUCCACCUUCCUCCACGUUAGAAAAAACAUGUUAUGUUAAUUGGUCUUUCUAAAUGAAAGUACAAGUAGUUGUGUGUAUUUGUGAUGAACUGGCGACUUGUCCAGGAUGUAUCCUGCCCACCAGCUCCCCUCAGCCCUGCAAGGACCAGUGGUUGUGGACAAUGAGUGGAUGUUAGCUUUACAUCUAAACUGCUCAAAUGCUCUGCAGAGGGAACAGAAACUAUUAUAAAAUUAAUAUCUGGACCAUCAAACUUUACAGAUUUGUUUUUACCUUUUCCAAAUUCAAAUUUUUACUGUUAACACUUUUGUAUCAGGAAAUGAGAAUUUUCCCAACACAGGGCUAUUUCUAAGUACAGAUAAAAUACUACAAAAGGUUGAUAGUAAAUUCUUGAGUUUUUGAGGAAUGUUUUUGUUUUGUUUUGUUUAAUUAUUCUGCGUACAUGGAAUUCACAAAAACUAGUCCCUACUGACAAGAAACUUCCCUGUUCGUCUUUAUUUAUACAAACCCAUCAAGUUUAGAUCUAGACCGCAAUAUAAUUUAUAGAGAUUUCAUCUAAAGCAAAAACACAAAGUAGCACAUUAUUGUGAAGUCAAAGUAAACGAAUACAUUGUUUUUGAAAGAUUUUGCGUGAA